AUGGAAAAAUUCCUGCGCGACUGGCGCCAGGACGCCCUGAGCAAGCACCAGUACGAGUCUGCCAUCUUUAUCGGCGACAAGCUUCUGGCCAUCAGCAACAAUGACCGCGAUGCCUUCUGGCUUGCCCAGGUGCAUUUCACCACCGGCAAUUACGCCCGCGCCCAGAGUAUCCUUUCACGCUUUGUUUCCAAGACCGACUCCCAACAGAGCAGUCCACAAUGCCGCUACCUGCUAGCCCACUGCUCCAUAAAACAGGCCAAGUACGAUGAGGCCAUGCAGCUGCUCGGCGACAAGAAUCCAGUGCAUCUGGUCGCCGCUCCCGACAACGCCCGGAAGAAGCUGCAGCACGUUGAGGCCAAUUCCCGCAACGGGCCAACCCGGCAGCACCACAACAAGGGAUUGCGCAGCGACCGCGUCGACCGCAGCGAAGAGCGUGAGCGCGAGGACAUUGACAAUCUCAAGGCUGAGGCCUGCAUGUGCUACCUGCGCGGCCUCUGUUACGCAAAGCAGAAUGCCUUUGACCGCGCCAAGGAAUGCUACAAGGAUGCCGUGCGCAUCGACGUGCAGUGUUUCGAGGCAUUCGACCAGCUCAUGAAGAACUCUCUCAUGUCUCCCGAGGAGGAGUUGCAGUUCCUCGAUUCUCUCAGCUUCGACACUGUGACCGCCGACGAUCCCUCGUCCGCCCAAGAGGCUGCCGACUUCACCAAGAUGCUGUACAUGACCCGUUUGUCUAAAUACAAGAACCCCGAUGAGUUCACCGCUGCCGUUGAGACGCUGUCAACACACUACAACCUUGCCAGCAACCCUGACAUCCUUUUAUCAAAGGCCGAGCAGCUGUUUACCCAGUGUCGUUUCAGCGAGGCUCUGUCACUUACCUCAUCCAUCCUCCAAACAGACAAGUACAACUUCUCGACUAUGCCAGUCCACCUUGCCUGUCUCCACGAGCUCAACAACAAGAACGAGCUCUUUCUUCUUUCUCACGAUCUCGCCGACACACAUCCAGAGGAGCCGACGUCGUGGCUUGCUAUUGGUGUGUACUACUUGACCAUCGGAAGGAUAGCUGAGGCACGAAGGUUCUUCUCCAAGGCCUCCAUGAUGGACCCGCAUUUUGGACCUGCCUGGAUCGGUUUUGCCCACACCUUUGCCGCCGAAGGAGAACACGAUCAAGCCAUAUCCGCCUACUCCACUGCCGCCCGCCUGUUCCAAGGGACCCACCUUCCGCAGCUGUUCCUGGGGAUGCAGAACCUGCAGCUCAACAAUCUCUCCCUCGCCCAUGAAUACCUCAACACAGCCUACGGCCUCUGCAAAACGGACCCCCUCCUCCUGAACGAGCUCGGCGUCGUCUUCUACCACCAGGACCACCUCAACUUCGCCAUCAAGAUGUUCACCCUGGCCCUCACCCUCUCGGAGCAGCUCUCCCUCGCCCCAGCCUCGCCCUCCAUCCUCGCGACCCGCACCAACCUCGGCCACGCCCACCGCCGCGCGCACAACUACAACGACGCCCUCGCCGCCUUCGACGAGGUCCUGCGCCAGGGCGGCAAGGACGCCGGCGUCUUCUGCUCCAAGGGCCUCGUGCUGCUCGAGAUGGGCCGCGCGUGGGAGGCCGUCCUGGCCCUGCACGAGGCCCUCGCCAUCAGCCCGCAGGAUCCCAUCGCCACGGACCUGCUCACCCGCGCGCUCGAGGCCGUGGAGAGCGUGGACCUGAUGGGCCAGAGCGAGGAGGAAGAGGUCGAGAAGAGGCUGCGCGGGAGCAAGGUCGAGGUGCGGCGGCGCAAUCAGCGGAGGAGACGCAUCCGCGAGAUCCAAGACUCGAUGCAGGAAGCCGCGGCCGAUAGCAUGGUUGUGGACGAAGAUGAAGGUUAA